AUAUAAUUCAUGUGUUGUUCUUAUAAUCAAAUCCGUAUUACAUUACACACAACACUGCAAUUCUUUAUUCAUUUUUGGACAAAUUUCUCUUACCCUGUUUUGUAGUUGUUUUGUUUUUUCCACUUGUGACUCUCUCGCCUUUGCCUCGAUUUUCUGACUCUUUCUUUCUUUUUUUAAAAUCCCUCAACUCUUCUCUUCCUCUGCAUUUCUCCUUCCCCUCCAUUUUCUCCUUUCACUCAUUCUUCCACUGCAGUUGAAACCUCUUCAACUUCACUCCCUUUUCAUGCUUCUCAAUUUCAUUUUCAUCUGAACAUCAAAUCUCUGCCCUUCUUGGAUUCUGUUUGAUUGAUUGAUUGUUUCUUUGUUUCUUUGUUUGAUGAUGGCUCAAAAGCAUUUGCACGAGUUAUUGGAACAGGAUCAAGAGCCUUUUCAUUUGAACACCUACAUUGCUGAGAAACGGGUUAAUCUCAAAAGGGUUUCGCCUAAAACCCAUUUGCAAGUUAAGAAACGAAAACCCAUCUCCACCAAUUCAAUUUUCCCGGGAAAUUUCUGUAGAAAUGCUUGUUUUACGUCCUUCCACCCUUCGCCGGACUUCAGGAAAUCUCCGUUAUUUGAGUUUCGUUCUCCCGCGAGAAAUAGCCCUUGCAAGAGCCCUAAUGCUAUUUUCCUUCAUAUCCCUGCUAGAACCGCUGGUUUGCUUCUUGAAGCUGCUCUCAAGAUUCACAAACAGAAAUCGUCUUCCAAAACUAAAAAAUCCCAGAUUAAGAAUCAAGGGUUUGCGCGAUUUGGGUCUGUUUUAAAGAGAUUAACUCUUCGUAAUCGGAACAAUAACCGUGGAACUGAAGCUUGUGGUAGUGGGACGGAUUUAGCGUCGUUUGAGCAAAGAAAAAGCUCCAUUCGAAGGCAAACAGUGCAGGGUGAGACAAGUUCCAACAAUGGAAGGUCUAGCUAUGGCUUCUGGUCUGAAACCAACGAAGAAGGAGGAUCAAUGGAUUUAGGAACAUCGUGUAGUAGCCAAUCUGAGGAUUCAGAGGAGACUUCUGUGGCUUAUUUUGGAGAAGAUUACUGCGAAAGUCCUUUCCGAUUUGUUCUUCAGCGUAGCCCAUCCUUCGGCUGCCGGACGCCGGAUUUUCUCUCGCCGGCGGCCUCUCCUUGUCGCCGUAACAAAGAGGACACAGACAUUGCAGAAAGCUUGAAUAAAUUUCAAGUAGAAGAAGAUGAAGAAGAUAAGGAGCAGUGCAGUCCUGUGUCUGUAUUGGAUGCUCCUUUUGAUGAUAGCUACGAUGAAGGGCAUGGUGAACGGGAGAGGGAUGGCGAUGGAGAUGCAGAAGAGUACGAUAUGGAAUGUAGCUAUGCAACUGUGCAAAGAACAAAGCAGCAACUAUUAAACAAGCUUCGGAGAUUCGAGAGACUUGCAGACUUGGACCCAAUUGAACUUGAGAAAAUAAUGGUAGAGGAAGAACUAGACGAGAACAAUUACAACUAUUUUGAUAAUGAAGAGUGUGAGUACUACAACGAGUCAGUUCAAUGGGAUAACGAAAAUGACAUUGAAUGGUUUGUUAAAGAGGUUGCGAGCAAUGAAAACUUCUGUAAAUCCAAACAAUUUCUCCCUCAAGACGUGAGGAAACUCGUCGCUGAUCUCAUUGCCGAAGAAGAGGCAGAUCGAAGCAGUGACAAUACAAGAGAAGAGGUGAUUCGAAGAGUUUGCAAUAGGUUGGAGCUGUGGAAGGAGGUGGAAUUCAACACCAUUGACAUGAUGGUGGAAGAAGAUUUGAGGAAGGAGGUUGGUGAGUGGAAGCAAAACCAAGAGCAGAGAGGAGAGGCAGCCACUGAUUUGGAGCUUGCAAUCUUUAGCCUGUUGGUGGAGGAAUUGGCAGUUGAACUUGCUUGUUGAGUUGGGUAAAGUUUUGGGGAAAUACAACAAGUUUCAAUUAAUCAAAUUAAUCUUGCUCUAGGUUUUCUUUCACAAAAUAUUAAUUAAAUUGGUAAAACUGAAACUAUAGUAUAGUAUAUGAACUAUGUAUAUGAACAUGUGAGACUAUAUGAAAUCCAUGUAUGUAGCAAAGAGGGUUGAUCUAGGAAUCUUUGCUCAAUGGACAUGUAUAUUAUAAAUGCCUUUCACAUCUAA